AUGUAUGCCAACAUUUUCAUAGUAGAAGAAGAAGAGGAAGGACUAGAAAAGUAUGCCAAGAUAUUGAGAACUACAUUAGAACCUAUGUGGAGUCAGUUAUGGAAAAUUAUGGAGGCAUAUGGAGGGCUUUUUUAUGGGCAAGGGCCAUCGAAGAUGACCAGGGAAGAGGCUAUCGGUGACCAAAUGAUGUUAGACAACAAUGAUCCAAUCAAGCUGGUGAAAUUAUUGAGAUUGCACACAAAGCAGACGUUAAUGGGAGGGAUUUUUAGAGUGAAUGAAGGAAAUGAAAAUGGCAAGGAGAUAAAUGUUGUUAAUAGGGAACCUCUGUAUGAGAGAGGGGAAAAAGAAAGCAGGGUUGAUUUAGAGGAAUGUAUGGAGGGAGAUUUAGCUACUGAUAAGGAGGGGGUUAUUAAAGUGAAAGUGAAAAGGAGGUGGACUGAGAAGGAAGGAGGAGGGGAAUUAACUUAG